UUAAUGUAGGCUAUUGCAGGCCGGCGCUGUAAUUUUGGAAUCUGCCCUUGUGCAUGGCGGACGAAAAAAUUCCACACAAAGUGCAGCGACAUAGCCCCCCUUUUUUUUUAUUGCGAGGCCCGAUCGGACCUAUUUGGCGCUAUUUGCUAGGAAAUGUAAUGUAAGGUAGAAGAAGCGUUGGAGGGGGAAAACAAAAAAAAAACACUGGAGGGAAAUUUCUCACAUUUUGGAAUUUCCUCAUAACUAAUUCACUUUUUUUUUUUCCUCCGGGGAGGAAGCCGUUGUUGCAGUCACCUCUGGCCGGGGAGGGAGGAUUUUCCUUGGACUCUUUUCGCAUGAGCUACAUCGCUUUUGGAGAUCUUGACAGCUGAAAAGGAGAUAGCGUUUCAUCAAAAGGAUUUUCUUCUGGAUCUGAAAGACGAAAAUAAUGUACUCGUGUUUAGAGACUCUACUUCUGUCCCUCAACGCCCCCUGACGAAAGAGGCUGGCUGCAGCGAGAAUGACGUCACACUUGCUCAGGAGUCCAGGGUCAGAGGAGGCGGGAGUCAUGAGUGCACCAGAGGCACCCAAUCCCGACAAGGAGCAAGGGAGUGACGGGAGCAACGGAACACCCUCGACAUCCACUGCCAUAGACAACAAGGUCGCCAGUUCGCCUCCGGUCACGAUAAAGAAGGAGCCCGAGACAGUGGAGACGAGCAAUGGCAGCAUCGGAGACGCUCUCAACCCGGCAGAGAUCUGCGUCGUCAUCGGGGGGAGCGACCCUAAAGCCAGCGGAGGCGGAUCUCGUAGAGCUCAGUCGGAGGGUAUGUUUGCCCUUGGUACACCUCCUCCAACGAAGAGCACAGAUUCGUGCAUAGGUUCCUAUGUAUGUGGAGUCUGUGGGAAGAAGUACAAGUACUACAACUGCUUUCAGACCCAUGUCAGGGCACACAGAGAAUCUGAGAGCAUGGUUGCAGAUCUACAACCAAUGCCUAACAGUGGCUUCCGUUACUCCUGUGACAUCUGCGGCAAGAAGUAUAAAUACUACAGCUGCUUCCAGGAACACCGUGACCUGCAUGCAGUGGAUGAUCCAUAUGAGCAGGUUGUGCUACCUAUCGACGGCCUUAAAGAAGAGGAGCCAAUUGAACCCUACCAUAAAAUUGGACCAAAAACGGGGAGCUUUGUUUGCGAGUUCUGUGGGAAGCAGUACAAAUAUUUCAACCCAUACCAGGAGCACGUUGCCCUUCACACACCAAUGAGUUCCUUUGAUCUGAAGACGUCGCGGGUGCAGGAGUGUGGCAGCCUGGACAUGAGUAAAUUUGGCCAGAGCCAAACCGAUAGGAUAAAAAACAUUCACUUCAGACGGAAAUUGGAGAACGCAUUACAAUCGAGUCUGGUGGACACAAACAGUUCGCAGAACUCAAGUGGAACUCCGAGCCCUCUGGUGGCUACUUCCUUCUCUACACCUCAGAAACCCUACACUUGUGGUGCCUGUGGCAUCCAGUUCCAGUUCUACAACAACCUGCUGGAGCACAUGCAGUCCCACGCUGCCGACAUCGAGAACCACACCAAAGGCAACUCUCCAAAAACCUCCUUAGCUUCGGGUCCUCAGGAGCAGCUGUGGAGAGCAUCACCGGCUCAGGCCGCCCAACCCUCAGUCAAACUACAGAUCCAACCUCAAAGCGUCCCCCAGAGAAACCACAUUGUCAGCCAGAACAACGGCCUACCUGAGAAGGAGCGCCUACAGGUGGCCGAGCGUCUCUUACGGGUAAUGUGCUCCGAUCUCAACAUGCUCAACGUGCUCAACAGCAAGGACUUCCUCAAGCUGGCACAAACACUGGUGGACACGGGGGCUCGUCAUGGAGCUUACUCCACCCGCGACGCCCUGGGCAACAUGAGUGCCUUGGCGCUGCGCCAGCUGCCUCGCAUGUACAACCAAGUGAAAGUAAAGGUCACGUGCGCCCUCGGCUCCAACGCCUCACUGGGCAUCGCCGUGACGUGCCACUCUCAGACGUCGGGCCCGGAUGCCUGCUAUGUUCUCACAGCCUAUCAGGUGGAGGGCUCGAGACUGAAACGUUACGUUCUUGGCGUAAGGGAGGCGGAGCUGAGGGAGGGGCCGGAACAGAUCCACCACUGGGUCCAGAAUGUGCUGUCCGAGUUUGUCAUGUCAGAUAUUCGCACUGUGUAUGUGGCAGAGCCCCGCGUGUGGGCCGCCGGAUUCGGGGCUUCCUCGCUUGGAGUCGGCGGACGCGGGAGGAUCUGCUUGCGCUGCGCAGGGUGCUCGCUUGGUGCCGUUGUCCAGGCCGUCUUGGGGAAGCGUAGCCUCCAGGCUCGAGGGCUCCACGAGCUGGCCGAGCUGCUCGCUACGUGCAGAGACAUCUCCUCCACCGCCACACUGGGCCUCAGCGAGGAACAGGGCACCAACACCUCCACAGAGGACGCAGCACAGGGCGGCCCCAGCCAGUGCCCCACCCCUCCCUGCUGGGAACGUUCGGCUGAGGCUCUCCUGCAGGUCCACUCCCACUUCGAACAGAUCUGCGAGACGUACGGGCGCAACAAGUCUACGGCUCCUCUCCUCCAGGGCCUCAACAAGCACUUGUUAGGAACGCUCAGUUGUCUGCUGGCUCCUCUGCGCCUGGCAGCGCUGGAGCUCAGCAGUCAAAGGAGGCCGACAUUGCAGCAGGUACUUCCUGUCUACCUUCGCCUGGAAAAGUUUUUCACAUCCAAAGCUGGAGAAGCUGGAACGGGCGUGGCUAGCAAACUCUGUCACUACUUCCUGGAAGCACUCAAGGAGAACUUCAAGGUUGAGCGAGCCCACCAAGUGGCAAUGGUCUUGGAUCCUCAGCUCAAGCUCCGUUUGGUCCCGACUUACCAACACGAGGAUAUCAUCUCUCGAGCGUGCGAACUUGCUGCUGAAUCCAGGGACGGGUGUAUAACCAGCACCAGCGGCUCGUGCGGCGAGGAACGGGACACUGACGGCCCACCGAUGCCGAAAAUAACCCGCGUGGAGGGCGCCGGCAACAACGGCGGCACCGCCAUGGCGUCAGUGUCCGCUAACGACGAGAGUCAAAGCAAAGUCCGACAGGAGAUCUUCCAGUACCUGGCGGAGCCUCUGCUCCAGGGGACCACCGAUCUCUUCCAGUACUGGAGCUCCAUAGUGGGCGACAAGUUCCCCAGGCUGUCCCGCCUGGCGCUGUGGCUCCUCGCUGUGCCCGCCGUGGGCAUACGCAGCGAAUGCGUGAUGGUGUGCGAGCAAAGCCUGGCCAUGAAAAGGAGGCAGCAGGUAACCGCAGAAGAAAUGAACAAACUCAUUUUCCUUCGCUCUAACAUGGGCUAACCAACCAAACCUUGACCCCCCCCAACCCUCAGCCAGGGACUUUUAUUUAAUUAGGCUUAGACCGGGUGUAAAGGUAUAGAUGUGUACGUGCUAGGUUGCAAGCAGCUGUAACAACACGGCUUUUCACGUUCUGUAUUUCACACGGAGAUGUUCAGCAUAUCGGUAACUCCAAUCAUUGUCUAGCCUAAAAACGAAACCGCUUUAAAGGCUACAUGCUGUUAUGGGACGGCGGGGAAGGUCAGUAAACCUCAACAAUACUGUAGAAGAAAAUAGUCUGAAUAUUCACUGCCUUUCGCGAGAUCUGUUUGGAAUUCUCUUCAACCUCAAUGAAACCUGCUAAACCUUUUUUUCCUUCAAAAGGGUUAAAAGCACACAUUACAAGCUAGUCUGGAUUUACACUGCAGUUUGAAGUCAACACUUUUUUUUUUUUGUUUUAAAAAAAACGCGUUAAACAGAUUAAAAGUUUUAUGUUUACUUUGCUUGGGCUGCCUUUGGUUAAAAAAAAAAUCAUGUGAUUUUUUUUCUACAUUUAAAACGCAUUCUUGUGUAAUAGUGGUUCUUUGGUCAAAAUGUUGCAUUUGAUUAUGUUUUACAGACCAUCUUCAAGACGCUUUUUGGUCGUCUCUUCAGAAUACGCCUUUUUGUGGGGGGUCUUAUUUACGUACUUCCACUUCGACUGCAUCUUCUCCCCGAUAGCCAUGUUGCAGUUUUUAGUGCUUUCAAAGGGAGUCUACUGGCAGAUCUAAGUUAGAACUAUACACUACUUUAAAUUACAAAUGGCAACAGGGGUGGAUGAACGACCCACAACAAGAGGAUUGAGGAAAAAAAGGCGCUUAUUGACUACAACUUCAGACUAAAAUGACGGACUCGCGCAAAGCUCCUCGGGCAAAUCUCGACCAUAUAUGGAGAUAUUAGCUGGCUUUACAAUUGGUAAAAAAGGCCCAAAUUGGGAAAAUUCCAAAUGGCUAGUUUGGAGGAAGUAUGAAGGAAGACAAGAUUGUUUUAUAAAAAUCUCCGCCAUGCCUCCAUGGUUUGAUUUCAAAUGUUCGAGAUAGUCAGAUCCCGAAUACACAAAAACAGAUUCCGUUGCGUAAGAAAAGUUGGUUUUGCGUAAUAGGUCCUCUUUAAAUCUGGGGUGUCCAAACAUUUUCUUACUUAUACUGACAAAUUGAAGGGUUAUUUUGAUGAAACAUUUAAAUCAAUCCUAGGUUAUGCUAUCUUUUAUUCCUGUGUUUUUUUUAUUUUAUCCUUUUAGACAGGAUGCGUUUCAGAAAUGGCAUGCUGCCCUUUGAACGCCGAUGAUUUAAACAAAGUCAGUCAUUACAGUCACGCUUCAAAUAUUGUGGCUUCACUACAGCUUGCAUGUGUUUUGUAUUUUUGAAUUUUUCAAACAUAAAACCGUCUAGAUAAACUUAAGAAUAUCGAUAUUGCACUAGUAUUGGCCACUAGAGGAGACUGAAGCAAUCAAAAUGUGCUGUUCCAUAUCAUGACCACUGAUUGGCUCAGCUUCAGGCAGCAUGACUAUAUUGGAUUCAAAGAGUUUAAAGAUGACCAAAGCGUGUUAUUUACUGUCUAGAGCUCUCUCAUGAUGUUGAAAACCGUAUUUAGAAGGCCGUAAAAAGUUUUUUAUGCUAUACCUAUGAAAAUAUUGGCUUUAUAUUAAAUAAUUCGUACUUAAACGGAAAUUAUUUAAUCGCGGUCAUGUCCGCAACCAAUCAACCGCAUUUAAUGAGAGACGACUAUACAACGUUUUCACCUAAUUUAUAGUCUGUAAUGUACGGUAUUUAGACUGAAUUGAAUGGCUUAUGCCUUUGCAGCAGUUUUAUUUUACCCCAGGUGUUGUUUUCUUUAUGGGUGUGUUUUUUGUUGCUUUACCGUAUUCCGAUGAUGUCCGGUUUACAUUGACAGGUUCAAUCCGACAAUGAGUAUACAUCUUAUUCCUGCAAGGACAAUGUGUUUUCCAGACCCAUAUUGGAAAUAUACGAGAAAUCGUGAUUGUGUGACUAGAACCAUGUAGUGUAAAUCCAGCCUUACACCUUUAUAAAAACCUUCUUCCAAUUAUCUUUUUUUUUUCCCGUUACCUCGUCACAUGUGCACGUCACACACAAGCUUGGCUUGCACGUCGAAACUUGUAAUAUAUUAAAACCACACUGCAGUUUUAGCAAGCAAAUAAUUGUUCAUUUGAACUCGAACCAGUAACAUUACUUGAGCUACCGUAACUUUCUUUUCACCUACUCUACUCGUAGAAACCUUGUAGUUGUUUGUCCUCAAACAUAGUCUUCCUUAAGUAAGCCUCACAUGUUGAUUUAUCACGGCAAUAAGCUACAUUGUGUCACACAUGGCACACGACCGAAUCUUCUAAAACUCGGCUGUUGGCCGUCACGCUGCUCCUGCUGUCUAUCGCGUUGUUUUUUGGAAAUCAAAACGCGGAAAUCUCUCUCAGGAACGAGUUUUUCGCCAACUCUUUGGUCCCCUGACUUUCAUUACUGGACAUUUGUAACAAACACAAAUUGUGGUUCCAGCUUGAGACAGAAGUUGGGUCAACACUAAUGAAGUCAAGUUAAAUAGAUUCUAACGUACCGUACAUGUCUUGCAGGCUCAUACCUCCUUAAAUGUCUCGGAAGAAUGGUCAAUUUGGUUCCUAAUGGCUUUAAAUCCUUUAUUUUCUCAUGUUUAGCCCAACAAGUAACCACAAAAACAUGCCUUGAUGUUGGUAAUUCAUUGCCUUUUCAGCAGCUUCCAUUUAUUUUUUGCUAAAGCAGGUUACCACUGACUGGGAAACAGCCUCCUCUAGUGGUCAAAUGUAGGCCUGCAAUAUGAACACCUGUAUUUACUUGAUAAGUGUUUUUUUAUGCAUGUGGUGUUACUUAACAAGACACACAUCUGGAUUUAUUUUAUAUUUAAAUAUUGGAACAAUCUCAAAAAUAUUUGGGUGUAUCCCGCUGACAAUACACAUCCAUUUUUGUUUUACUAUCAAUAUUCAUGAAUGUUUUAUUUAGAUUGUAGUUUACUAAAAUGUACACUGAUUUUUUUUACCAUUCAAUAUUUGAAUAUAUAUUUUUCAACCAUGUCAUGUUAAACUUUUGCCAUUUAAUAUGAGCAUGAUUUUGUGGUUAGGGAUGGGCAUUUGACUUAAGUUCCUUAACAACUAGAGAAUGAGUAAAUACAAAAAAUAAAAAAUAAUAUUAUGUUUGGUAAUUUUAGAUAGGAAAACAAUACUAAGGUUGGUAUUUUCCGCCACAAAAAUACCUUUUUUUUUUGGUGUAUUACCACAUAAACACGACUUAAGACUGAACCAAUAGCGCCCCGGCUGGUUGCAGCCAAGCAGUGCACUCAAAUUAUGACUCUUCCUUGAAUUAAUCGACACAAUCGAUUAUUUUUUGUGAUUAUUUGCUUUCUGAAGAUCACUGAUCUUUUGAGUCGUUUCAAAUAUUUUGUAGAUAGUAUGACAAGCGGUAGAAAAUGGAUGGAUGGAUAGUACAAAAAAAAAUUUGCUGAUAUAAAAAAAAAGACUGCUUUGGUUUGAUCUAAAAGAAACCAAGUUGAAAAUAUUUUUUUUUUCUGCUUUGAAGAAAUAGAUGAAGGGAUUUCCAAUUGUGUUUUUAAAUAAUGUAUUUUAAAUAGGAUAUGCUCUGGGACAAAAUGCCAGCGUCACCCAAGAAUGAGCGUCCAUCGCGUUGCUUCGACGAAAAUUCUAUCUUAAGCUAAUUAUGCAUGCUUUUAUUAAUUAGAGUAAUGAUUCUAUUAUAAAGUUCAAAGCCAGUGUGUUUUUAAACAUUUUUUCAUGUCGGACGACUGAAUUCGAACCUCUCGGUGGAGGUAGGUGAGGUACUGCUGAAUACGUUGACAUUAUCCAUUUUUUUUCCGAGGAUGUAUUAUUAUGUACAGUACAUACAGGAGAACUGCUGUUUUUAUGCCACAAGGGGGCGCCGUCAUUUCAGAGACACAGUAGGGAGCACCGGUGAUAACAUUAUACCUCUUUUUUCUACAGUAGCAUUUAAACAAAAAAUAAGGUUUUUGAUAUGAUAGAAGAAUAACACAACUUAAAUACUGUUAGCCAAUGGGAAUCCUCUAAGUUUUAUUCUUUGUCAGGAUUUUAACUUAUUUAAACUUCAACUGUACAAACAACUAUAUAGUAUGCUAACAUGGAGAUGUUUUCAUCAUGCAUUAUCGAAUCAGGUUAAGAAACGUGUGUUGCUUUUUAUUCUACUUUACAGGCAUUUCUUCUUUAAUCUACUGUUUAACGCCACAUGAUUUCUCUCUUUUUCUUUUGUUUUAUUUUUGCCGACUCCUGUGUAGAUUCCGAUCUGAGUUGUCUUAUUAGUAAGCCUAAUUUAUACUUUUGUAGCAACACUAUUUUUAUAUAAUGGCAAAGAAACGAGUUUCACUGUCGUCUUUUGUUGGUUUUGUGUCAUUCUAAUGGCAGCGCUGUUCAAAGGUUUCUGAACUACAUUACCCACUGUAGUAUUUAAUGUGUGAAUAAACUCCUAAUCUGUG